AUGACCUCAGUUAUUCAACCGUCAACACAAUCCUCAUCUUUAUUAUCGUUAUCAUUUGAACCACAUGCUCCAAACAAGACAGUUCUAUCAUUAUUGUCACCACAACAAAUACACCGUUCAAAGUAUACUCGGCAUGUUAUUAAUUGUAACCAUUUAUGCUACAAAUCUUCAGCCGAUGGAAAUUUAUUGGAUAAUAUGACACAUCCACAUGUAAUUAAUCAUCAUUUAUCUUGUAAACCAGAAGCUACUCCGACUAAUAUUCCAAAGGCAUUACUUUUAUCUCCACCACUACCGAUACGUCGUAGACCCGGCGAUUCACUAACAUCAAAUCGUUAUUCAAAAGGUCCAACUAAUCGAUCAUCAUCUUCGGAUCAUUGUGAACGCAAUCAUUCAACUUUAAAUGAUGAAUACUACCAAACGAAAACUUCUUUUCAAUCAUUAAAUUCAACUACAAAUAAAUUAAUCAAAUCUCAAUCACCUCCAACAAAAUUGAAAAAGUCUUCACAUUUUACAUUAUUAACUAAAACCAAUGAAUUUGAUUCAGAUGAUUUAUUAUGUACUAAAAAUGAUACAAAUUAUCAUCAUCAGCAUCAUCAUCAUCAUCAUGUUAUUAAUCAAUUAAAUAAAGAAGAAUUUUCACGUCUUCCUGUUGGUUUUCGAUGGAAUUAUAUUUUUGUAAAAUUAUCCAAUUGGUUUCAACGUAUACAUACAAUAAAUUAUUCAAGAACAUCAUCAGAUCAUGUAUCAUCUUCUAUACCAAUACAUCAUAAUAAAUCUGACUCUAUUUCAAAUUCUUAUCGUUAUCAAAUAAGAAAAUAUGAACCGACUAGAUCACAAAGUCAACCAGCUGAAAAAUUUGGCAAAAUUAAAUCUAACUUACAUAAUAAUGAUCAAUUUUUUGGUGAUUCUAAAACAAAAGUACAAUUAUCAAGUGAAAUUAAUAAUUCCAAUCGAAAUAUUUCAUCAUCAGAUUUUCAAUAUAUAAACAAUUCCAAAAAAGGAAAUUCAUCAUUCUCGUCAUCUUCAUUAAUAUCUAAUGAGAAACCAGUUGAAAAUUUAUUAGAUUAUUAUCAUACUACUCAAUCUCCUAUAGUUUACAAUAAUAAUUCUAGCACUACCAAAUGCACAAAUAAUAAUUCAUGCUCGUGUUCAAUGAUGUCUUUCAAUAAUUUAACAUACACUUCUUCAAAAUAUAAUGAUAUAGAUUGGUUUUGUACUCAAAGUUGUCCAAUAAAUACACAUCAAUUAAACGAACUAAAUCUAGAUAAUCAAAUAUCACUUAAGUCAUGUGUAUCUGAUUGUUGUUGUUGUUUUUGUCAAAGAUACCUCAAUUAUUGUGAUCAUAAUCGUUUAGUCCCAUUUUCUUCCAAUAAUCAAUAUGAACAAGAUGAUCAAAUUGUACAAUCAUCACAUUAUCAUGGUCUAAAACAACAGUAUUACUACCAUUCUUAUUCUUGUCAACUUCAUCAUCAUCAUUAUUAUCAUUAUCAUCAUCACCACCACCGUCGACAGCAACAUCAUCAUCAUUUAAGUCAUGAUUUCAAUCAAUGUCAUAUAAAGUUCACAACUAAUCAGCAUACAACAAAUACACAUUGUACAAAUUAUCCAAUACAAAACAAAGCUGUAAGAAAUUUUCAUUUGAAUUUAGAAAACCAAUACGCUACUAUUGGUCAACUAGAUCAAAUGGGAUCAGAUUGUAAGAAAAUAUCUCCAUCGAAUAAUAAAAAAAUAGAUUGUUCAUCACCUGUUAUCACUUUACAGUGUUUAAAUUUGACAGAAAAACAAUCAAAUAGAUUAGAUCAUAAUAUUGGCUAUGUAACAAGUGUGUAUAAUAAUGAUAAUUCAAUAGAUAGUGAGCAUUCAAUGAAUACAAGAAAUAUCUCAUCACUUUUCAUAGAUUAUCAUCAACCUCAUAAUCAAACGCUUGUACAAAAUCAUGAACAUGAAGUUGUUGAGCAUAUGAAUGAAGGUGAUAAUGUUGUAAAAUGUAUAAACUCAGAAAUUACAUGUUCGAAUCUAGAUAAUGAUAAAUCUUCUGAUGAAAAAGUACAGUCUAUGAAUAUUUCAAAAACUGAUACUACUAUUGAUACAUUUGCUCAUCAAAAGUUUGUAACGGAUUUGAUACUUUUAAAACGCAUUGGUUGGUACUGGGGUCCAUUGACAGUGGAGGAAGCUGAAUUGCUAUUAAAAAACUGCUCAGAUGGAACUUUCCUUGUACGUGACAGUAGUCAUGAUUCAUAUAUUUUAAGUGUCAGUUUUCGCUCUGGUGGUCAAAUUUACCAUACAAGGAUUGAACAUCUGGCUGGUAAAUUUAGUUUGGCUUUAUUAAAUGAUUUAAAUAACAAUGUUUCAUCAAGUGUAGCUGAAUGUAUUGAACGUGUAAUGGUUGAUUCUUUUCAAGAUCGUAUGCAUUUUUUACCAACUCUUGAUGAUUCUUCACCAUCUAUUAAUAUUAAUACCAAUGUACAGUUUAUUAACAAUGAUCAACAUCAAUCUGACCAACAUCGACAACUUCAACAAUUUAAUAAUAACAAUAAUAAUAAUAAUAAUACAUCACAACCAUUUGAAUCCACACGCCGUUCUACCUCUACUACACAUAUUAAAGCUUCUUUAAUUCAUCCAUUAUCACGUUUUUUAAUUGUUCCAUCAUUAGUACAUUUAUGUCGUUUUGAAUUAUUAUUACAUGUUCGACAUGAUCAUAUUGAUUUAUUACCAUUACCAUCGAAUAUAUUACGUUAUUUAAAAGAAAGUCAAUAUUAUGCGGAAUUUAUUCCAGCUUAUUUAGAAUUGUUAACUAAUAUGAAUAGUAGUAAUGAUAAAGUUUAA